CUGUGAUGCUUUUGAUGCCAGGAAUUAGUCGGAUCCAGAGAUACAAAACAGGAGAUUUCAGACAGCACUUUUCCUGUUAAUAAUCAGAGUUUUUAUCUUAUUAGAACAAUGAUUAACCUGACGCUGAACACUGAGAGGUCAAAGAGCAUCUCCACAGCAGAUGAGUGGAUCUGUGUGUGGAGAGGACGCUCUUCUGUAAACUGCACAGUAAUGGACCAGUUUGUGGGUUUAACUCCGAGGGAAACUCUGGCGAAAGUGUCCGCCUCUUUGGGUUGCAGCCCGACCUCUCCAAAGGUGGCUGCUUACCUGGACAAACACGACCCUGUGAGACACCUGCGGAAGGAGUUCCUGCUGCCCACUAUAGCUGAUCUGCCCCCUUCUGACCUCUCUCAGGUGGAUGGCAGUAAGGAAUGUAUCUACAUGGUGGGAAACUCGUUGGGUCUUCAGCCCAAAAAAGCCAGGAAGUAUUUGGAAGAGGAGCUGGACAACUGGGCCAAAAUGGGUGUCCACGGCCAUGUUUUAGGCCCUCGCCCCUGGGCCUGGGCUGAAAACACCAUAGAGGAACUCAUGGCUAAGGUUGUUGGGGCUAAAACAGAGGAGGUGGCUCUGAUGAAUGGCUUGACAGUUAAUCUACAUCUUCUACUGCUCUCUUUCUACAAACCCACAGCGACUCGGCAUAAAAUCCUCCUGGAGGACAAAGCCUUUCCUUCAGACCACUAUGCAGUGGAGUCUCAGAUAAGACUGCGAGGGUUCGACCCUCAGACGAGCAUGCUGCGGAUUUCACCCAGGCUGGGGGAGGAGACCCUGAGGACGAAGGACAUCCUGAAGCGGAUCAAGAAGGAGGGAGACUCCGUGGCCGUGGUGAUGUUCAGUGGAGUCCAGUAUUACACCGGACAGCUGUUCGACAUGGCCGCCAUCACUGAGGCCGGCCACGAGAAGGGCUGUUUUGUAGGUUUUGACUGUGCUCACGCUGCAGGAAAUGUUGAGCUGAAGCUGCACGACUGGGGGGUCGACUUCGCCUGCUGGUGCUCCUACAAGUAUAUAAACUCAGGUGCUGGUGGGAUAGCCGGGGCGUUUGUCCACCAGAAACACAAACACACCGUCAAACCUGCGCUGUUGGGCUGGUGGGGACAUAACCUGAAAACUCGCUUUGAGAUGGAUAACGUGUUGGACCUGCAGCCGGGUGUGAGCGGCUUCAGACUCUCCAACCAGCCCAUCCUGCUGGUGUGCCCCCUGCAGGCCAGCCUGGAGGUGUUCAACAUGACAAGCAUGAAGGUGCUGCGCAGGAAGUCCCUCCUCCUGACGGGGUACCUGGAGUUUCUGAUCCUGCAUUAUUUCAGUGAGGAUACCUCGCAGCCUCACAAAGCUUGCAUCCGCAUCAUCACGCCCUCCGACCCGCAGCAGAGAGGCUGCCAGCUGUCGCUCUGCUUCUCCGUCCCCAUCAGGACCGUGUUCAAGGAGAUGGAGAAGAGGGGAGUCGCCUGUGACAUGAGGGAGCCCAGCGUGCUGCGGAUCGCUCCGGUGCCGCUCUACAACUCCUUCACAGACGUUCAUCGCUUCAUAGAAACUCUGGGAGCCGCUCUCACUGCCAGCUGCAAAUAAACACAGAGGUGUGUGUGUUACUCUGAACACACACCUUCUCAUUGCUGCACACUCAUAGGGGUGAGGUUCAGGGAAAACGUUUUAGAGAUUUAUCUAUGUUUAGGAACUUAAAUAAUUUAGACGUAUGUUCGGAUGGUUUAAUCCACUGGUUUCUAACUUGGGGGUCGUGAGGCCUUUUUGAUUUGAAGGGGCUAGCAAUACGGUUUGAUUUAAAUGAUUCAGUUGGUCGGUACCGCAGCAUUUCAUUAUUUUUUAGAGAAGAAAACGUAAUAUUAUUAUUAUUUUUCAAAUGAAUUACUUUAGUUAAAGCAACCAAAGAGUGUCAAAACUAUGACAGAGGCUCAGGGAAAAGAAGCGACACACGAUACUAUGUGUUCUGUUAUUUCAGCAUACUGUUCAAUGUUUGGUAUUUCUGAUACUUUUGGCAUACGAUGCCGUUUUUCUAAAAUACUAUGACUUUCUCAGACUCCAUGUCGUCCUUCAUGUCUUUUCUUCCCCGGAUAAUAGUUUUUCACAUUUUCCCAGGCACUUGUGUUUAUCAGAGGACAUGAAAUACAGAGGUUUCAUCUUUUAGUGAUGAAUAAGGACUAAUUGGAGAGAUGUGCAUUACAGAUUCACAAUAAAGCCAGUAGUUUCAAUCA